AUGAAAUUUACAUUAAGCACAGCGUUCAUAAUCGUCGCCACAUCAUAUUUAACCUCAGCGACUACUGUUGAUUUUGAUGGUGCCCUGGUCACCGCCGCGGGACCGGUUCCCUCGAAAAGCGCCGUCAACGCUCAAGAUUUGAACAACGGUUAUAUUUUGGAACUUCCAUCAUCAAUUAAGUCUACAUACACGCCACUUUCCCUCACGGAGAGUACUACAGGUACAACCAAUAGAAAUGUUCAGCAAAGUACAAUAGCAGGCAUUGAGGGUGUUUCUUCGGCUGGUAGCUCAAUUGGGUUAGGUAAUCGUGCAGACGUUAGUUCAGUGUCUGUAAUCUCUCCUUCCACUAGUCAUAUUGCAGUAUCAUAUCCAUCAUCCAUGAUUUCAUCGCGUUCCUCCACAAGCUUCAUGGAACGUAUGUCAUCGGCAUCUACAUCAGCGUCAUCAGCGUCCUCCAGUGAUAAUAAUACGCAAUCAAGCAGAGGUGGUUCGAACACCCUCCACGCAACUAUAUAUGGCCAUUGUUUAUUAAUUUUGGCUUCACUUCUCUUAUGA